CUCUCACGGUUUCAAGUUAAACCGGUUUUUUUUUUUUUUAAAUCCGGACCGCUUCCUUUACAGAAAAAUACGAACCGUAGCCCUUUUAUCUUUCAUCGUCAUCGCCUUUCGAUUCGAUCCCAGGCAGAUCGAUCUAAAUUUAUUUUCCAGAUUUCCCCUAAUUUCUUAUCAUAAUCGUUGAAUCGGAUGUCCGUUUGUUUAAAUCCGAAUCUCCUCUAUCGAUUAAUCCCAAAUUCGACCAAAUCCUUUGGCCUCGUGCAAUUCUAGGGUUUCGACUCUGAAUCGGCCCCUUGCGUCUCGUAAUAUUCCAAUCCCUCUCGUUUCUUGGAUCUAAUUUCUGUCUCCUUGCUUUGCCCUUUUGAAUUUGGUCCUAAUUUUGUAAAUUUUUUCUGCCGCGUCAAAUUUCUAGGGUUUCGUAGAGUUCAUCUCGUUAGGGUUUGUUCUUUGUGUAAAAUCUUCUAGGGGUUUUGUUCGCCUCACCUUUCUUUCGCUAUUUCGUAUAUUUUUUUUGUCAAUAAUUUCACGAUUUCACUUGUCAAUUGCAAUUUCUAGGGUUAGGGUUUCUGAAAAAAUCCAGCUUCUUUAUUUGGUAAAAUUGGAUUAGGGUUACGGUUCCUAAGGCCGAUAAAUCCUCUUCUGUUCAUAACCAGCGUUCAAUUGUAUUACUCAAGCCGUCUGCUGUUCCUCUGAAGAAUUAAUAGAGUUUUUGGUUAGCUUAAGUUGGAGUGCGUGGUCCGGUGAAAAUGGCAUAAGUGGUCUGUGAUCAAGUGAAGAUAUGUUGGUGUUCUGAUUAAGUGAGUGAGCAAUUGAAAGCAAGUUACCCGGGUUUUGGCGGAUUUAGAUUAGCAACAUUACAUGCCUGCAGUUCUUGUCUUGGAAAAUCUGUUAUGACAAAUGUUAAUAUGGGAUUCAAAAGGCCCUUUGAUGAUGUCGAGUUCCAGGAGCUUCCUUAUAAGCACUCAAGACAACAUGAAUUCGGUGAUAGGUGCUCACCAUUCUUUGAUGCUGUUUCUUGUUAUGGUGCUCCCCGAAAAACUUAUGUUUCAGGUGAGAAUGGGAGUGGUGAUUGUAAGUCCCAGUGGCUUGAGGUUCUUGAAAAAUAUACUGUUGCUGAAGAUUCAACAGCUGUCAACAAGGGUUGUGUUCCCUUCUCAUCGGUUACCAGGAGUUAUGGUGAAGAAGAUGUGCGUUCUGGACCAGAUGCUUAUUCACCUCCUGCUGAGGAUUUCAAAUUUGACUUCCCAAGGAGAACAUGUGUUCCUUUCAAGGAUGCUUAUUCUUCUUUGUUUGACUGCUCUCCAAGGAAACAAGUUCCAGUUGGACCAGAUCAUCAGGCCAGGAUACCUUUAUGGAGUGGACGCAUGAAAUCGACGGAUCAGAAAGAUGAGAUUUAUAACAACCACAUUUCCUUGCAAUCUUUGGAAUCAGAAAAGACUGUGAACAAUGAUAGUGAGGAAAAGCGUUUAGGGACUUGUGUCAUUCCAAUGCUUGACUCAAACCUCUCAGCACUUGAGUGUGAUAAGGUUGGAUUUGGUCGAACAGAUUGUAGCUGCCUGGACGCAGGUACAGUCAGGUGUGUGCGACAGCAUGUCAUGGAAGCAAGGGAAGAACUUAGAAGAACUCUUGGAAAUGAAAAGUUUGUCAAGUUGGGGUUUUGUGACAUGGGGGAGGAAGUGGCACGAAGAUGGAGUGAAGAAGAAGAGCAGGCCUAUCUUGAGGUUGUUUACUCUAAUCCUGCAUCACUGGGGAGGAAGUUUUGGAAGCAGUUGUCUGCAGUGUUCCCUUCUCGUAGUAAAAGGGAACUGGUCAGCUAUUAUUUUAAUGUAUUUAUGCAUCGCAGGCGGGGCGCUCAGAACAGAUCUUGUAUACUAGAAAUAGAUAGUGAUGAUGAUGAGUGGCAUGGAAACGAUGGAGGUUCCAAUGAUGUGCGAGAUGCUGAAGAUGAUGAAGACUCCGUUAUUGAGUCUCCUUACUAUCAAGAUGAUCGUGUGGGCAAUGAAGAAGAUUACUCUGAAGAAGAUGAUAGUAGUGAUGGUGGCGACAGUGAUCGUGAUGUGGGGCAUGUUGAAGGAGAUUCUAGCGAAGCGGAUGGCAGGAUAGAUCAUGUAUCACAAUCAUACAUGCUGAAGUCAGUCAAGGAAGGAAAGUUUGAUACACUGGGGGAUUGGGAAAAGAAUUCAGGGUGUACUGGAGAGGAAUUUGAUUUCCAAGAUGAUUCGUGUGUAUCUUUCGAAUUUCAGUCCAAUAUCCAUGAUUCUCGCAGCAAAUGCUUGGAUAGCCAACCUAAUGCAUCCAGUGAUGCAGCUGGUCAUGCAUAUUUAUUGGAGCCUUGCAACGCUAAAGUUUGGGACGGAAGGUUCGCGGUGGACACCAUGAAAGGCGAUGAUCUACUGCCAACGUGGAGUAUGAUUGAAGACAUAUUUGAUCAAGGAAUGGCGGAUUACAAGAUGACGGAUGAGCGCAAGGCACCAGCCGGUGGCUAGGUGGCUUACGAAAUAAUUCUUUUAACCCCAAUUAGUUGCUAAUAAAAAAAUAUGAAAAGAAAUGUUGAGUGGUUAAACUCGUCAUCAAAUACAUCGUCUUUUUCCUUGUUCUCUUA